GUUCAACAAGAGCCCAACGAGAGCCCAUCUAGAAGAGUUGAAAGGCUAAAGUUCAUCACAAGCACAUCUGCUGUCAAAGACAAGAUGAAGGCUGCUGAAGAUUUACUUGACCAGUCCGAGCCUAUUGCAGUGCCAAAGUUAAGUGAGCGGCAAACGAAGCAGCUGGAAAGUAAGCUGGGUCAGAACAUGGUUGAAGUCAAUGCAGCCCUUGCUGCUCUCAUAGAGGCUAAGUCUGAUCAAAGGAACCCAGAUUACAAUGUAGCUGAAGAAGCUCUGCGUAUUAUUUCUGACAUCAUGCCUCAGAUUGUGAAUGACACCAAGACUCUAAGUUCAACGUGCAAAGAUGCGAAUUCAAAGCAAGCUAUGCUGGAGGAUACGCGAAAAUGGUGUGAGGCCAUACAGGCGGUCUGCGACAGCGCAGGGUACGGAGACACCAAGGAAUUCGUAGAUUCAGUCCAAAACAUUGUGGACCGUUCCAAUAAGCUCACAUUCAUUGUCAGCCCUAGCAAGAAACCUGCUAAAGAACAACAGAUUCUACAACUGACAGCAACAGCAUGCGACAAGGCGAAGCAAAUGGUAGACGAUACUCACAAGACGUCCGAGGUUGUUGGAGGAGUAGAAGGAGCUAAGCUUGAAGUUAAGAAUUUGGCACUGAAUGAUGCAGCACAGAUGCUUAAAACUACUGCUCAGUUAACAGCCUCAUCAAUUGAGGACCCUCGCUGUCAAUCCGCUCUAAUGUCAUCUACCAACAACCUGGCUACCAAAGCCCAAGAUUUGGUCUCCGAGAGUCAAUCACUACGGCAUCCCAAGUGCAAAGAUUUGAGCAAUGGUUUGGCGAAGAAGAAACAGGAGUUGGAUUCUGCUCUUGAUGGGGUUAGAAACACUUGUGGUGGGACUUCAGUAGAAUCUUCACCGAAAGCUCAAAAACUGAAGUUUGUCACAAGCGCUUCUGUAGUCGAGGAUAAAGUGAAAGCUGCAGAACAAUUACUCGAUAAGCCGUUCGAAGGCAAAGUAGACGAGCGUCAAGUACGACAACUGCAGCGUCAACUGUCCGGCAAUAUUGCUAACAUCAACGGCGCUGUAGCUUCCUUGCUCUUUGCCAAGUCCAAUGCCAACAAGCUAGAUUACGCUACAGCGGAAAAGUCCAUCGCCGUCAUAAGCGAAGUGUUGCCCGACAUGGUGAACGACGCGCGCGCCGCCAGCGCCGCGUGCGCCGACGAGAAGAAGCGCGGCGCCAUGCUGCAGGACGUGCGCGCCUGGUGCGCCGCCGUGCGCGCCGUCUGCGCGGGCGCAGCCUCAGACGACGCCAACGAAUGGAACGAGGCCGUGCUGAACUUCGCCAACGUGUCCGACAAGCUGACGUUCGUUUUCCCGGCUAGGAGAAAUCCUUCUAAAGAACAACAGAUUCUUCGCCUAUCGGCGUCAGCCUGUGACAUGGCGCGCGAAAUGGCGGAAGAGACGCAGCGCGUAGCGAAAACGGUUGACGCUAUUGAAGAGGAGAAGAUACUGGUCAGAAGCUUCAAAAUUACAGAGUCUGCCAAGACUUUGCAGACAACGGCUCAGCUAACAGCACCCACAAUUUACGAGCCUCGCUGCCACAUGGCACUGGUAUCUUCUGCUGAAGCCUUAUCGGCAUCCGCUGACGAGCUGGUCUCCACAGCCUGCCAAUCGGAGAACUCCGGCUGCAAGAUUCUCGGAGCAGAGCUGGGUAGACGCAAGGCAGAAUUGAACAAGGCUCUUGGUGGACUUAAGGAGGCCUGUAAAGACGACUCGGCGUUGGAGAAGGAACAAAAAAUUAAGUUCACCAACAGUGCAUCUAAUGCCAGUAACAAGUUGAAAGCUGCUGAAGAAAUGUUAAAUAUGCCCGUUCCAGCAGGCACACUGACGGACCAACAAACGAAGACCUUGCACAGUAAACUGUCUGACAGCGUCGCCAGCGUCAACGGCUCCGUCGCUUCGCUCGUGCUUGCUAAAUCUGACAUCCAUCAUCCAAACUACAUUGUUGGCGAAGAAUCCAUGCGAUUAGUAUCAGAGAUUAUUCCCGGCAUUGUCGAUGACACCAGGAGUUUGAGUUCAACCGGCAAGGAUAUGAAAUCACGCCAGGCUGCCCUCAAUGAUAUGAAGAAUUGGUGCCAUACGUUACAAGACGUUUGUACAAUUGCUGUUAAGGAAGAUUCUAAGGACCUCAACGAAAAAGCCCGAAAAGUGGGUGAUGCGUCACAAAAACUCUCCUUCGUGGUGAAUCCUUGCAAGAAUCCAGUAAAAGAGCAGCAGAUCAUACAACUGUCAAGCUCAGCAUGUGACAAAGCAAAACAAAUGGUGGAAGAGACUCACAAAGUGUCUGCAACAAUCGGUGGUGGCGCCGGCGUCAAAUUGAGUGCACUAGGCUCUGACGUCACCGUUGCUGCGGAUGCCUUGAGGACUACAGCAGAGUUAACUGCACCUUCCAUGGAUAAUCCUCGCUGUCAAUCGGCACUUCUGUCUUCCACUGAAGCUCUAUCGUCAUCAGCUCAAUUCCUGGCGAUGGAGACAGGUCGCCUGAAUGAUCCCCGUUGCGAAGGUCUUGGCGAAGAGCUGGAGAGGUACCGGGAGACCAUGGAUAAAGCUUUGCACGGCAUCAGGGAAGCAUGUAAUUCCGUGGACAGGAAAAAGUCCAGCCGGCCGGCGCCGCCUCCCGUGCCGACGAGGAAGCCCUCGUCGUCGCGCAACUCCAGAGGCGACAACACGCCACAUAGCCCCGUGACUCGGUUCGUUGCUCAUUCGGACUCUAGCGCGGCCAGUCACGAGUUGCUGGAUCAUCUCAAAAUCGAGGAGGCCAAGAAUCGAUCAUCAGUAAGCAAGAAACAAGAAAACUCAGAGCCAAGCAUUUCAAGCUACUCCACAAUGCGUCGCGACAGCCAAGACUUCUUAGAGCAUCUGCGCGAUUACGAAAGCAUGAAUAGAAAAUUAUCAGCUUCAUUAGACAAGAGUAAACUGUUAGCGGCUGCUAAGAAAGAGCACGAGCGAAAAAAACUAGAGUCUCGGCUAGUCAAGAAUGUUGAAGAAGCUGAUAAGAAUAUUAGCAAGGCUGAGGAAGAACUAAAUAUGGUAUGGGCUGAAAAAGCUAGUGGUCCGGUUCUGGACACGGAGCAAACAUCGGCUCUGCAGAAGCAGAUGGAAGAGAAACUGGCUUUGGCGGGAGCCGCCGCUGCCACGCUUGUAGCUAGUCAUCAUCCGGAUACAGUAGACUAUAUAGCGGCAUCUGAAUCAACAAACACUCUAUCUGCAUUGAUGCCAGAAAUUGUCAAAGAUGCCAAAUUGCUAUCAAGUUCUCGCGACGAGAAAUCUCGAAGACUCCUCGAUGGUAUCAAAGCUCUGUGUGCUGCGACGAGACGCCUUUGCGCGAAUGCUAAUGGCGACUAUGAGAAACUAAACGAAGCGGCGAUAGAGUUCGGCGAUAGUUCAGCGCGUCUACUUUACGUAGUCAGCACGGAUAUAGACCCAGCUCAAGAAAAACAGGUGAUCGCCCGGGCCAAGGAGAUCGGCGCCAGCGCGUCCAGCCUGGCCCUGGGCGGCGCGCAGUUGGCCUCCGCCCCCGCCCCCGCCCCCGGCGCCCCGCUCAUCUGCGACCGCGGCAAGCAGUGCGCGGACGCCGCGGGGACCCUCGUCUACACCGCUAAGCUUGUAGCCCCUUCAAUUCACCAUCAAGAAUGUCAACAAUCCUUAAUCACAGCAUCCAAUGACCUUUCUUCGCGGCUAAAUGCCUUCCAAGCCACCUGGAAACCGUUAUCCUCCAAUCCUCAAUACCAAAAAACCACCGCUGAUAUGGAUAAGGAAGUGGUGCAGCUGGAGAAACUUCUUCAACUGUUUAGAGAAGACUUGGAAAAAGGAAAGUUGGUGAAGAAGAAGGAACAGAUUAUUAUUGAACAUACUGCUUUGAGAAAUUUGGCUGCUACCAUUAUGGAGGAUGCUAAGAAACGAGCAGAGUCCACGAGCGUGCCCGAAGACAGGCGCCGUAACUUUGCUGUUUACGCCAACAAGCUGGCUGAUGCUAUCAGAGCACUGGAUGUCACAAACGGCCACCAAGAACCUUAA